AUGACCCUAGCUAACGGACAAUCGAUAAAGAGCACAGUCUGCAUCUGCGGCAAGGUGUGCAAAAACCCGACAGGUCUCAAAAUCCACCAGACCAAGAUGGCCUGUCUGAGGGGAGGACGAGUGAAGCAACGCACAGGUGCAGUGGCCGGCACUACAGACGAAGUGCUUGUCACGGUCCCUGAUCAGACGGAGGAGGAGCCAGGCCCGGAGGCACCCCACAGUGCCCGGAACCUCCGAGCUGCACCAGCCCCCCCGCAAACUGGAACAUCAGGACAACGUCGGGUUAAGUGGCCUGCCACCAACAACAAGGAGUGGCUUCAGCUGGACGCGGACAUUGACAAGAUCAUCGAGACAACAGUGAAGGGCGAUGUGGACCACAAACUCCAGGCCAUGUGCACCCUCAUAACUACCAUCGGCGCAGAACGGUUUGGGGUGACAGAAAGACCUGUGAGCAGUCAGGUAGUGAGACCCAACCGGCGGGAGCUCAAGAUCAGUCAGCUGAGGCAGGAACUGAAGACCUUGAAACGCCAGUUUAGGGCAGCAAAGGAGGAGGAGAGAGGCGCCUUGUCUGAGCUCAGGCAGCUCUCGAGGAGAAACCUCGUCACACUCAGAAGAGCUGAAUGGCACAGAAAGAAGGGGAAAGAGAAGGCCAAGAAGCGCAAGGCAUUCAUUACCAACCCAUUCAGCUUCACCAAGCGGCUACUGGGACAGAAGAAGAGCGGUAACCUGGUGUGUCCUGUGGAGGAGAUCAACCACCACCUCAACAUCACCUUCAGCGAUCCAACAAGGGAGCAAGAUCUUGGCCCAUGCGAGGCACUGGUAAAGCCGCCAGAGCCCGGGGUGCAGUUUAAUACUGCAGAGCCCACCCUGAAAGAGGUCAAAGAAGUAGUGAUGGCUGCAAGAUCCAGCUCCUCCCCAGGCCCCAGUGGAGUCCCUUACAGAGUCUACAAGCAGUGCCCCAAACUGCUUGUGCGACUCUGGAAGAUCAUGAAGGUGAUCUGGCGCAGGGGAAGGGUCGCAACUCAGUGGAGGUCUGCAGAGGGAGUCUGGAUUCCGAAAGAAGAGGAUGCAAGUAACAUCGAGCAGUUCCGUAUCAUCUCGCUGCUAUGUGUUGAAGGGAAGAUCUUCUUCAAGAUAGUAUCCCAACGGCUUACAGACUUCCUCUUGAAGAACGGCUAUAUAGACACCUCAGUACAGAAGGGGGGAGUUCCAGGUGUUUCGGGAUGCCUAGAACACACGGGUGUUGUCUCGCAGCUGAUCCGGGAGGCAAGGGAAAGCAGAGGGGAUUUGGCAACACUCUGGCUGGACCUAACAAACGCCUAUGGAUCCAUUCCCCACAAGCUCGUCGAAACAGCACUGACAAGACAUCAUGUGCCAGUGUCCAUCACCAACCUCAUCCUGGACUAUUACAACAACUUCCAGCUGAGGGUAACUUCGGGAUCAUUAACAUCUGCCUGGCAACGCCUGGAGAAGGGUAUUAUAACCGGCUGCACUAUUUCAGUGCCACUCUUCUCCCUGGCUAUGAACAUGAUUGUGAAGUCAGCUGAGGUGGAGUGUAGAGGCCCCUUGUCGAGAUCUGGUACUCGGCAGCCUCCCAUAAGAGCAUUUAUGGACGACCUCACAGUGAUGGCAACCUCUGUUCCCGGCUGCAGAUGGCUUCUCCAGGGGCUAGAGCGGCUCAUCUCUUGGGCGAGGAUGAGUUUCAAGCCCACCAAGUCCAGGUCUCUGGUCCUGAAGAAAGGCAGGGUGGCCGACCGGUUCCGCUUUACCAUAGGAGGGACACCAAUUCCAACGAUGACGGAAAAACCUGUCAAGAGCCUGGGCAAGGUCUUCAACUGCUCCUUGAGGGACUCAGACGCACUCCAGCAUACCAAGGCUGAGCUGACAUCAUGGCUCACAGCAAUAGACAAGUCGGGGCUACCAGGGAAAUUCAAAACCUGGAUCUACCAACACGGAGUCUUGCCAAGACUCCUUUGGCCCCCGCUUGUCUAUGAGGUGCCCAUGUCAAUGGUGGAGACACUGGAACGGACCAUCAGUCAGUUUCUCCGCAGGUGGCUUGGGCUCCCCCGAUCCCUCAGCAGCAUCGCUCUGUAUGGCCAUUCCACCAUACUGCAACUUCCAAUCAGCGGCCUGGUGGAAGAGUUUAAGGUCACACGUGCCAGGGAGCUGAUGAUGUACCGGGACUCCUCCGACAAGAAAGUCGCCACAGCAGGGAUCCUGGUGAAAACUGGGAGAAAGUGGAAGGCACAGGAAGCCAUUGACAGAGCAGAGGCACGACUGCAGCACAACAUCUUGGUGGGCAACACGGCAGUGGGCCGGGCGGGACUUGGCAGCUUCCCCAAGCCCCGCUACGACAAAGCCAGAGGAAGGGAGAAACGUCAAAUGGUACAGGAUGUGAUCAGAGCAGAGGUGGAGGAAGAUCGGCGGGUCAAGAUGGUGGCUAUGUACCAACAAGGCGCCUGGACGAGGUGGGAGCACGCCGAACAGCGGAAAAUCACCUGGCCAGAGCUCUGGAGACUCGAACCCCAGCACAUGAAGUUCCUCAUCCAAUCAGUAUAUGACGUUCUCCCUAGCCCAACCAAUCUGCUGCGAUGGGGCUUGGCAGACACUGCAGCAUGCCAGCUGUGCCUGAAGAGAGCCACCCUAGAGCACAUCCUCAGUUGCUGCCCGAAGGCCUUGGGGGAAGGGCGGUACCGCUGGCGUCACGACCAGGUCCUCAGGACUCUGGCAGACACGCUCAGCUCAGCACUUACCAACUGCAAAUACCAGCACACCCCCAAGCAGUCCAUCACUUGAAGAGCUGGGGAGAAGGCACAACAUCAGCCAAGUUCCUCUGGGGGGCUCCUCACCACUGCACGAGACUGGAAACUCCAUGUCGACCUGGGAAGACAGCUCAAAUUCCCAGAGAACAUCUCGGCCACUUUACUUCGGCCAGACAUGGUGUUAACAUCAGAGUCAACAAAGCAAGUGGUUCUGGUUGAGCUUACUGUCCCCUGGGAGGACAGAAUGGAGGAGGCCAACGAACGCAAGAGGGCCAAAUAUGCUGAACUGGUGACUGAGUGCCGGAGCAAUGGCUGGAAAGCCCGCUGCGAACCAGUCGAGGUGGGGUGCCGGGGUUUUGCUGGCCAGUCACUACCCCGAACCCUAAAACUCCUUGGAGUAAAAGGUCAGCUGUGCAGAAGAGCCAUCAAGAGCAUCAUAGAGGCUGCAGAAAAAGCCUCAAGGUGGCUAUGGAUCCGGAGGGGAGAUCCAUGGAGUAGUGGGCCACUUGGACACAAGCCGGGGACUGAUCACCCCCGGCUGGGUCGCCCGAGCGAGGGUGUUUGAUGAUCAAAGACCCGAAACACCCUAUGACCUCGGGUUCAUCACUGAUGAUGUGUCCAAGUAGCACCUAGCGGUGUA